AUGGCUCUAGAAAAAAAACUCAAGAUCGCUAUCGGCGGUGCAUCUGGCGAGACGGGCAUGUCCAUCAUCAAUGCCCUCCUUGACUCCCCGGACAAUUUCGAUAUCAUCGCCCUGGUGCGGCCGGAAUCCGCAUCUAAGCCUGUCUACCAGGAUCUCGCUACACGCGGCGUUUCUCUUGAAAUUAUCAAAUUCUCGGACAUCGAGGCGAUGACUAGUAUCCUCACAGGGGUUGACAUUGUCAUCUCGUGCCUUACUCUGCUGCAAGUGGCCGAGGAGCAUGCACUUAUUGACGCAUCGCACGCCGCUGGCGUCGGCCGAUUCGUGCCCAGCUUCUUCGCCGUUGUCUGCCCGCCUCGCGGUGUUCUCACGCUGCGCUCCAUGAAGGAGGACGUUCUCGACCGGUGCAAGCGACUCUAUCUCCCCUACACAGUCAUCGACGUUGGCUGGUGGAUGCAGCUCUCCCUGCCCCAAGUCCCUUCCAAGAGGCUUGACGCCCAAAUUUCUGUCCCCGACACCAUCAUCGGUGCUGAUGGAAAUGUGCCUACUGCAGUCACUGAUGUGUCUGAUAUCGGCAAAUACGUCGCCCGCAUCGUCGCCGACCCCAAAACGCUAAACAAACACGUGUUCGCGUACGGCGAGGUGACGACACAGAACAAGAUUUGGGCCGCUGUCGAGGAGGCCACGGGGGAGACCAUCCCCAGGACAUACCUUUCCAAGGAAGAUGCCGAGGCCACGAUGCUUCAGCUGAAAGAGGUUGCUGGCAAGAACCCUGCCGACAUGCCAUCUCUGUUCAAGCUUUCGAUGCUUGAAUACAAGUAUACAUGGGGGAUCCGCGGCGAUAACACACCGGAGCACGCCGCAUACCUAGGCUAUCUGGACGCUAAACUUCUUUACCCCGAUGUUGAAUGCAAGUCGGUGGGAGUGUUUGUCAGCGAGAUUGUUGAGGGCGCCCGGAGUGCGACAGUCUACAAGAAUCGUGAUGAUCAUCCCGUGACAAUGCUUCAGGGUAAGGUCUAA